CUUCCUCCCACCACCAACUUCUAAGUAUUAUUAUCUAUACCGUUCUCUAAAAUGGUCAAAGUUGGUAUCAACGGAUUUGGUCGCAUUGGCCGUAUUGUUUACCGCAAUGCUCUCGAGUUGCAAGAUAUUGAAGUCGUCGCCAUCAAUGACCCUUUCAUCGACCUCGAGUACAUGGUCUACAUGUUCAAGUACGAUUCCGUGCACGGACGAUUCAAGGGAACCAUCGAGGCCAAGGAUGGCAAGCUCAUUGUCAACGGCAAGCCCGUCACCAUCUUUGGAGAGCGCGACCCCGCUGCUAUUCCAUGGAGCUCGGCCGGUGCUGAGUACAUUGUCGAGUCCACCGGUGUCUUUACCACCACGGAGAAGGCUUCAGCACACUUGAAGGGUGGCGCGAAGAAAGUCAUCAUCUCUGCCCCAUCAGCCGACGCACCCAUGUUCGUGGUCGGUGUCAACCUCGACAAGUACGACCCCGCCGUCAAAGUCAUCUCGAACGCGUCCUGCACGACCAACUGCCUCGCCCCUCUUGCCAAGAUCAUCCACGACAACUUUGGUAUCGUCGAAGGUUUGAUGACUACCGUCCACGCCACCACCGCGACUCAGAAGACCGUCGACGGCCCCUCGCACAAGGACUGGCGUGGCGGACGUAGCGUCAACAACAACAUCAUCCCCUCGUCCACUGGUGCUGCCAAGGCCGUUGGCAAGGUCAUCCCUUCGCUCAACGGGAAGCUCACCGGCCUCGCAUUCCGUGUGCCCACCCUGGAUGUAUCCGUCGUCGACCUUGUCGUGCGCACCGAGAAAGCUGCGACCUACGAAGAGAUCAAAGCCACCAUCAAAGCUGCCGCCGAAGGCUCUUACAAGGGCAUCGUCGAGUACUGUGAGGACCAAGUCGUCUCCACCGAUUUCAUCGGCCACACCGCUUCGUCCAUCUUCGACGCGGGCGCUGGUAUCCAGCUGAGCCCGAACUUUGUCAAGCUUAUUUCUUGGUAUGAUAAUGAGUGGGGGUACUCUCGCCGUGUUUGCGACCUCCUCGUCUACGCUGCUACUCAGGACAAGAAGGCUGGGGUUUGAGAGAAAGGGCGGAUAGUCGGAAUUGGUGAAAGGCUUUAGAUAUCAUCGAAACCAAAAAGAAAGGAAAUGUUUAUGCUGUAAUUCUAUAGGGGCUUGUCCUCAGAUUGUGCUUC